AUGGGAGAAAGCAGAGUAGAGCUCAUCACCUGGGUCAACGAGCUCCUAGGCCUCGGAUACACCAAGGUCGAGCAGCUGGGUUCAGGUGCCGCAUACGCUCAGAUUAUGGACUCAAUCUACGGCGACCUUCCAAUGAAUCGCAUCAAGUUUGCGACAAAGCACGAGUACGAGUAUCUCGGCAACUACAAGGUCCUCCAGAACUGUUUCACAGCUCGCAAGAUCGACAAGGGUAUCCCCAUUGACCGCCUGAUGAAGUGCAAGAUGCAGGACAACCUCGAGUUUUUGCAGUGGGUCAAGAAGUUUUGGGACCAGAACUUUUCCGGAGAGUAUUAUGAUGCUGCUGCGCGUCGAGGAGCUGGAAACGAGCCUGCAUCAAGCAACGCCAAUCGAUCGACAACCGUCUCCAACAAGAGAGUCACCAGCGCUAGCAAUCGCUCGAUGACUGGACGUGCAUCGGCGCUUGCCAACACAUCGCUACGAAACCCAAGUCCCGACCACACUGUUGUCCUCAACUUGCAAAAGGAGCUUCAGGCCGAGCGAACGACAGUCGUUGCAUUGGAGAAGGAGCGCGAUUUUUAUUUCGGCAAGCUGAGGGACAUUGAAGUGUUGAUUCAGCAAGAUCUGGAAAAGAACCCCGAGGCUGCCGAGGUGGCCCUGUUGAAGGAAAUCCAGGCUGUUCUCUACAGCACAGAGGAGGGCUUCGAGAUGCCACCGGAGGAGCAGGCCUUGGGCGACAAUGAAUACCCUGACGAGACGUUCUAG